UAUUAGCGAAGAGUUGCUAUAGAAAAUUGAAGGACAACAAACAUCUGAAUGGCGAUUCAAAUCCUUAAACAGUUUUCCCAAACUCUGAGACCAAAACCUUGGACUCUGUUCUUCUCUUUCUCUUGUUCAAACGAUGCUUCCCAGAGUUUAGUGACAGACGCUGUUUCCAUUCUCACCCAUCACCGUUCCAAGUCACGUUGGAGCAAUCUCCGUUCAGCGUGCCCCAACGGCAUCACCCCCGCCGAGUUUUCCGAAAUUACCCUCCACAUCAAGAACAAACCCCAACUCGCCCUUCGCUUCUUCCUUUGGACCAAAUCCAAAUCCCUCUGCAACCACAACCUCGCCUCGUACUCCUCCAUCAUCCACCUCCUCGCACGUGCGCGCCUCUCCUCACACGCUUACGACCUCAUCCGAACCGCAAUUCGCGCUUCCCACCAAAACGACGAGGAAAAUUGUCGUUUCAACUCGCGGCCUCUGAACCUCUUCGAAACCCUCGUUAAAACCUACCGAGACUCCGGGUCCGCUCCCUUCGUCUUCGAUUUGUUGAUCAAGGCGUGUUUGGAUUCCAAAAAACUUGACCCUUCUAUUGAGAUCGUUCGAAUGUUGCUCUCUCGCGGGAUCAGCCCUAAAGUUAGCACCUUGAAUUCUUUGAUUUCUAGGGUUUGUAAAAGUCGAGGGGUGGAUGAAGGGUAUGCAAUUUACCGCGAGUUUUUUCGGUUGGAUGAGGAAAACAACGAAAUUUCUAAAAGGGGUUCUGGUUUUAGAGUCACCCCUAAUGUCCAUACUUAUAAUGAUUUGAUGCUGUGCUGUUACCAAGAUGGUUUGGUGGAAAGGGUGGAGAAGAUUUGGAUUGAAAUGAAGUGUAACUAUAAACCCAAUGCUUAUAGCUAUAGUGUGUUGAUGGCUACUUUUUGUGAUGAAGGGAGAAUGGGGGAUGCAGAAAAGUUGUGGGAAGAGUUGAGAAGUGAGAAAAUUGAGCCUGAUGUUGUUAGUUAUAAUACUAUCAUUGGUGGGUUUUGUACGAUUGGAGAUGUUGGAAGGGCUGAGGAAUUUUUCAGGGAAAUGGCUGUGGCUGGUGUUGGCACCACUGCUUCAACUUAUGAGCAUCUUGUGAAGGGGUAUUGUAAUAUUGGGGAUGUUGAUUCGGCUGUUCUUGUUUAUAAGGAUAUGGCUAGGAGCGAUUUAAGGCCUGAUGCAUCAACCCUUGACGUAAUGAUUAGGUUGCUUUGUGAUAAGGGUAGGGUUCGGGAAUCUCUGGAGUUUGUGAGGUGUGCAGUUGGUAAAUUUGAUUUGAUUCCAAUGGAAAAGAGUUAUGAGGCCUUGAUAAAGGGGUUGUGUUUUGAUGGGAGGAUGGAAGAAGCGUUGAAGGUUCAGGCAGAGAUGGUUGGAAAAGGUUUCCAACCGAAUUCUGAAAUAUAUGGUGCUUUUGUUGAUGGAUAUGUUAGACAUGGGAACGAGGAGAUGGCAGAAGCUUUGAGGAAAGAAAUGCUCCAAAAUCAGAUGCAGAGCUAACAGAAUAAUAGCUUUUGUACUUUGCCAAAUCUGGUGAAAAUAAUUUUCUUGUACGAUUCUGUGGCCAUCCUGAGUGAACUUGUUGGGGGGGGUGAUGAUGAACUGUAUAUCCUGAUUUGUUUUUAUGCUCAGGUGUGGUUGAUAAUAGUGGUUAUCUCCCGAUAAUCAACGUAAGAUAAAUGGCAUUACACAUUGAAACAACGCUGUCAAAUGCUGAUUGAACACAAGUGUAGCACAUUUUUUUGUAAAAUUCUGUUCUUAGUGCAUUGGAUGCAGUUAAAGCCAAAUUACUUGUCUUAAUAUUCCCACAGUAUAUUUUGGAUGUCAAAAGCAGGCUUUUAAAGGAUACCGUAUCCCAGGAAUUUAAUUUGCUUUGUAGCAGCAGAAAUGACGAUUUAUUUUGUUAUCUGGUGUCGCGUAAUGAUCAUACUGUAAUUCAUAAAUUCAACUGUUGAUUUUUUGUA